GUACAGGUGUGGAGGCAGUGGCGUGAGCUGGGCGAAACCCGGCAAAGAAGAGGCUGCAGUGCCGUUGUUCCAAGGGGAGGUAAAGCACUGUCAUCUGUGUUAGUCCGGAUUCUCCCCGCUCACCAGGAUCUCCAUCCUAGUGCGGCACAAAGGCUGCCGGCAUUGUGAGCAGCUGAUUGCGGCCGAGACGGUCCGCCAUGGCUCGCGGCCCGCUGAGGUGCGCCGCAGUCCUGCUGUUGCUGCUGCAGCUGACCUCCCCGGCCGCCGGCAGAGCGACGUACACGAUCGUGGCGCCGAAGGUGCUGCGACCGAACCUGCCGUACAAUGUGGCCAUCACCAUCCUGGAAACCAACAAGCCGACCAAGGUCACCGUUCAGGUCGGCGGACGGCCUGACGCGGGCGGCAACGAGCUCAAGAGCAAAGACAUCGUCGUCCAGCCGGGCUUCACGUCCAUCCUGCAGUUCAAUAUUGGCGACCUGGGACCGGGCCAGUACAACAUAACGGCGGCCGGCCAGGGCGGCCUCAGCUUUCAGAACACGACGGCGCUCGAUUACGUCCACAAGUCGUACUCGGUGUUUAUCCAGACGGACAAGGCCGUCUACAAGCCGGGUGACUUGGUCAACUUCCGGGCGGUGGUGCUCAACCCCAGCCUGCGGCCACACACCGCCGGCAGCGUCAGCGCCUGGGUCACGGACGGAAAGGGGAACCGCAUCCAGCAGUGGGACCGCCAGUUCACCACCAACGGCGUGUUCACGAACUCGCUUCAGCUCUCCGACCAGCCGGUGCUCGGUGACUGGAACAUCACGAUCGACGUGCUGGGACAGACGACGAGCAAGCUGUUCGAGGUGGCGGAGUACGUGCUGCCGCGCUUCGAGGUGACGGUGGAGCUGCCUCCGUACGCCACAUUCGCCGACACCACAGUCACUGCCACCGUACACGCCAAGUACACUUACGGGAAGCCGGUCAGAGGGGAGGUCAUGGUGCGGGCGCACCCGGAGAUCAAGUCCUCCUACAUCCAGCCCAUCUUCCAGGACCCGGUCCGCAAGUCAUCCAGCAUCGACGGCAAGGCUGAUGUCUCCUUUGACCUCAAGGACGAGCUGGGACUGACGGAGGACUACGAGCGCGAGCUGGUGUUCGACGUGAUCGUGACGGAGGAGCUGACGGGCCGCGCACAGAACGCGUCCGCCUCCACCACCCUGCACCGGCACAAGUACACGCUGCAGCUGGUCAAGACGGCAGAAAACUUCAAGCCCGGCCUGAAGUACACCGCCUUCGUGAGUGACCCGAGACCAUAG